AGACCGACACAGGGAUGGGCCUCCUAGCCCGUUGCCCCCCCAUUGCCCUCUAAGUCACCACCCUCUGCUGCGUAAUACUGAUCGUCACACAUGCUGCCACUCAGACAUGGAUGAGAGCGGGAGUGGAUGACAGGAGCACCAAGGUGACGCAGCAGAGAGAGAGGCGAAGGGGAUGGGAUGGACUGAGCGCUCACUUCCAGAAUCAAAAUGAAAAUAUGGAUGGGUGAGUUCCAAAUCUAACCAAAGACUCUUGGCACCUUACUGGCACCGCACAUCCCCCAUCCUUAAGUCAAUCAAUGCUACAUCCUCCAGAGUAUGGGGUGCGUCAAAUCCAAGAGGAGUGACUCUACAGCCCAAAAUGCAAACUUCACAGAGAAGACUGAAGGAAAAGCAAAGGGGGAGAAGGCCUACCUGGUUCACUCGGACAUGGACUCGUCGGAGAGCUCCCCCUCGGUCAACCCAGUGCUGCAGGAGUACGCCCAGAGGCUGUCAAAGGAGAUCGUGGCCCGGGCCGUGCAGCAGUGGGUGGAGGUAGACCGGCGCUACAUCGACAUCCCUUACAUUGAAUGUGACGUGCCGUGACACGGGACGGGAUGUCCCAGUGGGCAGGCCGGGACGAGCCAAGACUGCUUUGACUUCGAUACUGGAGGUUCUACAUGUGAUUAAACGUGUCCGAUAGUCUCAAACACCUUCAUUCAGAAUGAGCUCUCAAGCAUUUCUCUGCUGUGAGCAGGAAUAUGAAUGAGCUACCAGUAAUUCAGUUUUGACCUACUUUUGGAUUGACCCUAAAAACCCUCCUCCACAGCGACCAAAGCACUCUGGUCCACGUGUCCUGUGAUUAUCUGACUCAGAGCCAGAGCCUGGAGUGUCUUCACUUGGUGAUCAUCUUUCUCAGACCUUAUUCGUCCCCCUCUCCCAGGAUGUGUUGGCUCUCUGGGGCUGGACUUAUAACGCAAAGCAAGAAAUCCUAUCAGAUAUUGCUUGGAAUUUUAAUGCCAGUGAAGGUCUAACCUGACCAUCGAUGCUGUCCCAGGGCCAAGAUUCCCUCCUCUCGCGGAGGAAGUUAUUAAUAGAUCCCUUCAUUUGGUGAAGACUCAAACUUU